AUGAAUUUCUUCAUUUGUUUCACUGCGCUGUUUAUUGCCUCGACCAGUGCUCAUACUGGAGGGAGCUCGGUAUGUAAACUUCGAGAUGGCUACAUACCAAUAGAAGGAGUCUGCGAUGCCUAUAUUGAAUGCAAGGAAUUCGCUGGGUCUGAGAAGUUAUGUCCAGAUGGACUCUACUUCGACCCCAACGCUCAAUGGCCACUGGAUCCUUGCGGAUAUCCCAAUGACGUACCUUGCGAAGGACGCACCCAGCCAGCUAAGUCAACUGCCGAUUGCGAGCACCUAUACGGCUUUUACCCACCUGUAAAACCCAGCAACGACUGUGGACAAUAUCGCAUGUGCGUUGGAGGCCGUUCUAUGGACAUGUACUGCCCAACAGGCUUGGCUUUCAACCCCAGCAACAGCCGUUGCGACUGGCCCGAAAAAGUAGCUUCGUGCAACCUUGAAAAUUUUCUGGGCUACAAAUGUCCGUCUGGUGAGCUGGACAGGACCGGCAACCCCAUUGUCACCAACCACAAGUACGAGAGCAGUUGCUACGAAUUCUACUCUUGCGUCAACGGGAAUGCCCGUCUGCUCUCUUGUGACCCGGGAUACGCGUUCGACUCUCAUCUCAGCAGAUGCGUAGAGGCCGACCGCGUCGAUUGCGAUCAUAAACUAUAG